UUAAAAGCCGACAAUGAAACCGGAUUUCGGAAACACAAUUUUUAUUGGAAUACAUUCAUCAAUAAAAGCAAAUAGUUUAAGUGUAAUACAUGUGAUAAAAGUGAAAUAAGUAUAGAUUAUGUAAUAAAAGUGAUCUAUAACACCUUAAUGAUAACACGGAAGGAUUUACGUUGGAAAUGGAAUAAUUAAUAAGUUAUUGUUAAAUUCGGUGGAAAGGCCCAUGCAUUGACACAAUGAUUUUAUUGUACGGUUGGUGAUACAGUCAACGACAGCUAUAACAACAAAAGCCACAAAUUGAACGUUGAGUGACGAGCGUCUAGUGUUAAUGAACUAAAUCACUUACAAAUGCGUAAAACUUAUUAGCAAACGCGUUUAAAGUGAAAUAUCAGAGUGAAUACAGUUAACUUUAAACUGCGACAAUGAGGAAAUAAUGAAAUGUCGCAAAUGAAGCAACCACUGCAAAAGCGGCGUUCAUCUGGCCUGGCAUCUCAGUGCUCAUUUGAACUUGACGCCACCAAACUUAUAGAGCUCAUUUCCGGUAACGUGAGCCAAAGUGCCAAUGAGGCGAAAGAAAUAAAAAUAACAAGAAAGUCGCUCACUAAAAUUUGCAAAGACCUGAACUUGUCAGAGGAGGAGGUUGAAAUAAUUUUUACAGCCCUGGAUAGCGACGGUGACGGUAUAAUAACGUCGACGGAGCUACGAAAUAAAGCGUUAUCAGGUGACAAUGUGCUAGUGUUUGAAAAAUGCCCGAAUGAAUUAGUGACGUUACCCGAACUCGGAUUUGAUUGGUCGUUGCUUAGCGUUGAUUGCCAGGAACAAGUGGUGGAACUAUAUCAGCAGCUCCAUCACGCGGGCAACCCGGAGCUGCUGGAGACGUUCGAGUCGGUUGUGCUCGGAGUGUUGAAGGACCUGCGGCAGCAGACCGUUGAAAAUGACAGACUUGAGAAAAUGUUUAAAAGAGAAAAGGAGCAGCAUGAACGCCAUAUGCGACAAAUGGAAGAGGAAAUGGAAGUUCAAAUGCAGAGAGUCGAAGAAAGAGUACGAGUCAGGGAGGAGGAGAAAAAGGAGAGCGAGAAAGCCGAAAUGAAGCAAAAGGUCCAGGAGGAGAUCAAUAUGUUACAGCUGAACCUCAAACGUCUGCAGCAGGACGGACCGGAAGAGCGCAAUCGGGAGAUUGAAGAGCAGCUGCUGCAUCUGAAGGGAACGGUCGAAGAGAUGACGUUUGCCAACCGGCAGCUCAAGUCCGACCUGACGGACGCGCAGACGAACCUGGCCCUGCUGAAGAGUGACCUUGCCGCUGCUAAGCAACAGCUCAACGACAAGUUACACGAGCUGGAUAUGGAGAAGGAAGCGGUGUCGGACUACCACAGGGAGCAGGACAAUCUCACCAGACAGCUUCACCUACUACACGACGCUAAUAAGCGUCUACACGACACAAACGAUGAUCUUCGCGAGGCCAUGGAGACGAUACGGCGUGCCUCACCUAUACGUCAGCCGUCAAUUACGUCCUCCGUCAACUCGGUACGAAACACGAUCCCGGCAGACUAUCGACGUGGUUCCUUGAUGAGCGAGUACUUCAUGAGCACGCCUUUAAUCCGCUCGAGGCUGGGUUCGACCCAGUCGCUGGUCGAAGAACCCGAGCAUGCACCCGUGACCGUGCAGACCGUGCAGCAGUUGUCACGUGGUUCGCCUAGAAUGGUGUCCGUGAAACUGCCGCACCAAGACACAUGCGAGUCCGAUGGGGGAAUGUUGGAAGACAUAGACAGCGGACAUUCCACGCUCCGAGACAGCAAUGAUCCUGACCCAGACAGCGAAGCGUUCCUCAAUGACGCAGAAACCAUGCACCGACUUUUGGCGGGAAAACGCAGUAACAGACGACUGCGUUCCAGCCAGCCGCCUUUACUGGAGGAUGAUGCCGACGAGGACAAUGAGACGGAGAGCGAGUUUCCAUCAGACCUCGCCGACGGGAAGCCGUACCGGAACGCCCUCGAAGCCCGCCGACUCGGGUCCGCCUCCAGCCGCUCCUCGUCGUCACGCAGCUCAAAGUCACGUGAUGGCUCCUUGGGACGCACCCCUAGACGCCAGAGCACACUGACGCAAGAUUCGACUGCGAAGCUGAGCAAAGAACCAGAGCGUAUGUUCAAGGUUGUGCUAGCAGGGGACGCCGCGGUGGGAAAAUCAAGUCUCAUUAUGAGGCUCUGCAAGGGGAAAUUCUUAGAAAACCUUAGCUCGACAUUAGGUGUCGAUUUCCAGACGAAAAUGAUCGAGCUUGACGGACGGACAGUUGCACUUCAGCUUUGGGAUACUGCCGGACAAGAAAGGUUCCGGAGUAUCGCCAAGUCUUACUUCCGGCGAGCAGACGGAGUUCUCCUGCUGUACGACUGUACAUACGAGCGUUCGUUUAUGAGCAUUAGGGAAUGGAUGGACUCAAUCGAGUCUUCACAGGACGGGUCGACCAAAAAGUUACCCAUCAUGCUCUGCGCCAAUAAGACUGACAUGCGCAUGGAAACGGAACAGCAAGGUCGAAAGGUCGUGACCUAUGAAGACGGGCAGCGAUUGGCCAGGGAAUAUGGUGCGUUAUUUAUCGAGACAAGUGCUAAAGAUGGUACAAAUGUCGGAGAAUGUGUCAGCGAACUUGCGAGGUUGAUGCGAGCCAACGAAGAUCUCGAGGUGAAAACGUGCGGCCUUCAGUUACACGACAAGAGCACGGAACGAAACAAGGGCUGUUGCGCACGUUAGGCGAGCACGUGCCACGUUACCGCACCGAUGUCACUCGACACGGGAUGAUGACAUGUGCCGGCGUGUCUCGCCGAUGUAUAUUUAUUUCUGAUUAUAUCAAGAUUUGACGUACCUUGCUUGACGUGUAAACAUCUAUUCUCUACAGUUUAUAUUUCCGGAUAUACAGUGUCGAAGUUCCUCACACGCACUGUGACGUUUAAUAGACUGGAGGGGAUGAUAAGAUGUAUAACGUCUUGAUCGUUUAUUUAAAGGGGCCUUUUCACAGAUUUUGACAUGUUUUGAAGUUUGUCAUUAAAUGCUUUAUAUUGAUGAAUGUAAACAUUGGAUUUUUAUCGCUCCAGAAAAAAAUCAAAAAUAAAAUUUAAAAAUGGAAAAAAGGUAGCCCGUACAAGGGCUCGAACCAGUGACCCCCGGAAUCCUGGAGUAAUAAACGCUUAAGCCUAAUGAGCUAUCCUGCCAAGCAUACAUGAGAGGUGUAUUGUAUACCUGAUAUAAGCAAUCUUCGUAGUUUCACAAAUUUAAACGAUAACAACAGAACUCUCCAAAUUAUUCAAUCGUUUCGCGUUGCAACGCUCUAUAAUUUUUAGGUUUUUAAAUUUUGAAAAGAUGCAUAUAAUGGCUAUAUUAGACCAUGGUUAAUGUUCAGUUAUACUGAUUCCUCACAAAUAUCAUAACUAAAACGAAAAUUUGCGAAUCUGAAACAAUUUUUUUCAAUUUUGUCAAUUUACCAAACCGUGAAAAGAUCCCUUUAAAGAUAGCGAUGCAUAUGUUUUUAUUCAUAAUUAUUUUUCAUCUUAUGAAUAAGAUCGUCCUAAUAUUCGUCGCAGUUAGGAAUUUUUUUUUUUUACCCCCCCCCCCCCCCCCUUCACAGUUUAAAUGUUGCCUCAAACCCGAUUUUGUUUAAUCAAUGAGCUAUUUUUCCAUUCACUUUGGUAAAAAUGACAUUGUUUACGUUAAAUUGUUUUGGUAUAACUGGUAAUAAUACGAUAACUGGUAAUAAUACGACAACACUUUCCUAUUCGGUCGUUUCUAAAAUGAACAAAUUAAAGCACGAAGAGGGCAAUGAAGCUGAUUAUUUUCAAGUGAUGAAGUUGACAGAAGGACAUAACCGUUCCAAUAACUGUAUAUUGACAUUAAUAAGUCACAUUAAAUGUUAAGACGAGUUGUGGGUAUUUUAAACAAUCGACAGAAUUAAAGGGAAAUCACCGGACCAUAUGAAGGUAUAAAGAGAUCAUAAGUGGCAACAUGAAGCUGUAAAUGCUGUUUGAAUAAAUGUUCGAUUAAUAUGAACAUAAUAUGUGUUUUCAUUUGAUUCCUUAGGAUCGUUUUCGAUCACAUCGAAAAUGGAAUCAAAUAUUGUUUUUCUUGUUAUUACGCUCACUCACUCAAAGGCAAAAAGCCGUCGAACAACGGACGAAUACGAUGGGUUAUAUAGGUAUUUAAAUGAGACGCGUUCUGAGAAAACGGGGAUUAAUGCAUGUGCGUAAAGUGACAUCCCAGAUUAGCCUGUGCAGUCCGCAUAGUCUAAUCAGGGACGACCCUUUUCGCUUCUAUGUUAUUUUUCGUUUAAAGGAAGUCUCUUCUACAAAAAAAAUCCAGUAAAGGCGGAAAGUGUAGUCCCUGAUUAGCAUCUGCCUGUGCGGACUGCACAAGCUUAUCUGGGACGACACUUUCCGCACAUGCAUUAUGCCCAGUUUUCUCAGAACACAACUCAUAUUGUGUUAAUGUCUUUUCAUGAAUGAUUUGUAAAUACUUCUUGAUGAUAUCGUUUUUCAUUGAACAAGUACAUAUCUUAAGAUUGAUCACAGAUUCACAAUUUUAUUUAGUUUUCCCGAAUGGUUAUUUUACAUAAGUGCAACCAUACAUCGCAUCGUGACUGGACAUUUGUACAUACUUACACGUGGUGGGUAAAACUUUUUCUUCAGUUUUAAUUAAAAUUUGUUGAGGCGGGCCUCAAAUGUGGAUUCCUUGUAUAGAAGUGGCAUCAGAUUUAGUUUUAACGUGAGCGACUUUUUCAUUUUAGAUGGUAAUAGUUAAAAAAUACAUCAAGCAAACUGGAUACGAAUUUUUGCUUUAAAUUUACGUAUAUUGAGUCAAAUUACGUUGUAAUUAUUAUAUAUCAAAUUUCAAAAUGUUAAAAGGAAACCAUUUAAAGUCGAGUUCACCCGACAGCCAACGGAAGCUAGACUACAUUUUAUCUUACGUGUUUUUUUAAAAAGUCACAAUGUUUUGUAACAGUUUGAUAACGUCUUGAGGUCAGUAGAUACAUGUUCUGAACAGUUAAUGCCCCUUAUUGUUGUGUCUAUCAUUGAACAGUUAAUGCCCCUUAUUGUUGUGUCUAUCAUUGAACAGUUAAUGCCCCUUAUUGUUGUGUCUAUCAUUGAACAGUUAAUGCCCCUUAUUGUUGUGUCUAUCAUUGAACAGUUAAUGUCCCUAAUUGUUGUGUCUAUCAUUGAACUUAGACUCGACACGUCGUUAUAUUCGUAUAUUUUUUAUAUCCUACGCAGAAUGCAAUAAACUGUAUGUGCUUUUUUUAAACAUUUGUCGUAAAAAAUGUUGACAAAUAUAUGUUGAUUUUUUUAUCUUUGGUGAUAAAUUUACUAUUUUUUAUUCUAUCUUGGUCUCACUAUCCUGUCUAAAACAGAUUAAUGCAUUAACUUAAAAUGUCCAGAUUUGCAUUCCGUAUUACUUUCAUGAAUGUAAGAAUUUACAUGUAAUAUCCAUGUUCUUAUUGAUUGUCGCAUACAUUUACUUGUUUAAGAAACCAUGUAUUAUUUAUUACUAUCAUUGUUCGACUCGCGAAGAAAAAAGACACUGAACUGUAUUUUUUGUCGAUGUCGGAUGUAACAAGACAAUGUUAAAUGUAAAGGAUAUGGCGAAAACUGUUAUUUCAUAGAAUAUUUUAUUUAAUGGACUAAUUUAUGACAUACAUUUGUUGUUCAAUGGGGAAGAAAUUGUGUAAGUAUUGGUUGGACCAGUCACAUUGAGACUGAUACAAGUUUCUCAACCCAUUUAUUCACAGUGGACUCUCCCAUUCUCCUAAAUUGGAUCAAUUUAUUUCCAAAAUUGGGGAUGUCUAGUAUAUUUAUAUCUAUAUUUAGAAUAUUUCUUACAAAAUUUCCUUUAAGCAAACAGCGUAGAUCGAGAUGAGACGCCGCAUCAUGCGGCGUCUCAUCUGGGUCUACGCUGUUUGCCAAGGCCUUUUGUCUAGACGCUAAGCAUAAAUGGGUUAAACUUAUCUUGAGACUUGGAGUAUUUCUCCUCUCCGAACUAUUUUACAUAACGUAAACCAAAACUUCCGCAAAAUGACAGUUCUUUCCGAAACCGACCCGAUUAUCAUAUGGAUAUGUGUUGGUACCUUCAUGACAGUCAGCUUUCAUUUGUGACUAAGGCUGUAGUUGCUAGUAUACUUUUUAAUUAUAUAUUCCUUUCGUAUAUUGUUAUGUGCUAUUAACAAUUGUUUUUCACUUAUCAAUUGUUGAUAAGUAUUUUUUGUGAUUGUUUAUUUUAAAUUAUUUAUAUUGUUCUUGUUUUGUGUCUUUUUGUGUUUUUAAAUUAUUUUGUUAUUUUCAGCUCUAAUAGAUUUAUUUUAAAUUUCAAUUUCAAAUGGUCCGGUUGCACAAUAUGAUGUUAUAUUUACGUUAAUGAUUCUUUUCUGUUACCGUUACUUUUUUGUUUGAGUAUUCAGAAAAUAAAGUAGGAAUAAAAAGUG